GGAUCUUUAGCUGAGAAAGAAGGAAGUUUUGCAUCAAAGAAGAAACUUCCACUUUAUAGAUAGGGGUUGAUGUUUCAAUUAAUUUAUUGUUGAGAGUAGAGUAGAGUUAAAUAUCAGAAUUGAAUGAUGAAGGGCACUUUAGCGGCAAAUAAACUAAGAUAUUAUGUUAUCUUGAAUAUCUAUGUUUGUGCUUAGUUGCCUUUUGGCGGUUAUGAAAAUAUUACUUCUACCCUUUCAACAAGCAAGAUGGACUUGCCUUCUCCUCAGCUGAUCCAACAUGGCGGCAAAAUGAAAAUGUUGGGGUGCGACAUAGAAUCUUGUUGAGUUGUAUGACACACCGGCCUGCCCUACAGACUCUGCUCGGUUUGCUGAGUUUGCUAGAUCACUAAGGCACAACACAGUUCUCGGUAAUUCUGUAGUUUUGCAACGCUAUUGCCAGAGGAAGAAGAGAGGAAGAGAGAAAAAGACUGGAGAAGCAAAACCAUGGUGUUCUUGAAGGUCCGUGGUGUGGACGUGGAGUUCCCCUUCGAGCCCUACGCUUGCCAGCGGUCGUACAUGGAGAAAGUCAUCCAGUGUCUGCAGGAGGGCACCAAUGGAGUUUUGGAGAGUCCCACAGGAACGGGCAAGACCCUGUGCCUCCUCUGUGCUACCCUUGCCUGGCGUUCAGCAUAUGUGGCCAAAAUGCAGUUUGAAGGACUGAAGCAACAAUUUACAAAAGAUGAGGAUGGACAGUCUACAUAUGGGGAACUGCUGGCCAACCAGUUAGGAGGGGCAGCUGGCUGGGGAAACACUGAGCAAGCUGCUGGUCCCUUUAUGGAGAUACCAAAGAUAAUCUAUGCCUCCCGCACCCACUCUCAACUGUCACAGGCAGUGGCUGAACUGAAGAAUACUUCCUACAGCAACCUGAAAGUUUGCAUUCUUGGGUCCAGAGAGCAACUGUGUAUACAUCCUGAGGUACAGGAACAGACUAACAACUCCACAAAGGUUCACAUGUGCAAGGCAAAGACGUCUUCUCGACUCUGUACCUUUUACAACAACUUGGAUGAAAAGAAAAGUGAGAAAGAGUUCACAGAGGCUCCUCUGGACAUUGAAGACCUGGUCAAAGUAGGCAAAAAACACAAGGUCUGCCCCUAUUUCAUGGCGCGGGAGCUGAAGUCAUCUGCUGACAUCAUAUUCAUGCCUUACAACUACCUACUGGACCCAAAGUCACGGAAGGCACACAGCGUGGAUCUUAAGAGUCACAUUGUAGUGUUUGAUGAGGCCCACAACUUGGAGAAAAUGUGUGAGGAGUCAUCCUCUUUCGACCUGACAUCAUAUGACCUGGCAUCCUGUGUGGAGGAGCUGGACAACCUCCACAAGUCUGUGGCUGAGAUCGAAGUGCUGAACGAAAAGUUUCACACAGAAUCCUCAACACCACCUGACUUCAGUGCUACUGAGCUGAUCAAGUUGAAGAGUAUGCUGCUAGAAUUGGAAAAGAAAAUUGACUCUCUUCCAUUACCAGCCAAUGGAACAGGGCUAACCAGACCAGGAAGUUUCAUCUAUGAGCUGUUUGCUGAACUCCAGAUCACCUUUGACACAGCACCCAUCUUGCUAGAAGUUCUUGACAAAGUAGUUGCCUAUGCCACCACCAACACCGGCACCAGUGUAGUGUUUGGAAACAAAGCUGCUGGAGUUUCCAAGUUGGGCGAUGUGCUCAAGAUUGCUUUCAGUCAUGAUUCCUCAGCCUCUCAAAAGGGGAGCAAUCUAGCCAACCUGAUGGCCAAGUAUUACAAGGUUUACGUAAAGACAGAGGAAGGUUUCCAGAAAAAGUCCAAGGCUAAUGCUGACCCCUGGGCAACAACAUCCUCCUCCAAGCCCAAGAAGCAGGGCCGCACACUGAGCUACUGGUGCUUCAGCCCAGGCCAUGCCAUGCAGGACCUGGCCAACCAUGGUGUUCGCUCAAUCAUCCUCACCAGUGGAACCCUGUCUCCUCUAGAAUCCUUCACAGCAGAGAUGCACAUUGACUUCCCGGUACAUCUGGAAAAUCCUCAUGUUAUCGAGCGUCACCAGGUGUGGCUCGGCAUGGUUACCAAAGGUCCAGAUGGUGUCAGGCUCAACUCUUCCUAUGAAAACAGGAAUUCUACUGAUUACAUCAACUCCUUGGGCAAUGCAAUAGUGAACUUUGCCAGGAUUGUACCCAACGGUUUGCUGGUAUUUUUCCCAUCUUACCCUGUGAUGAACAAAUGUCUGGAGGUCUGGCAGGAUUCAGGGGUAUCUAAUAGAAUCAGCCAGUACAAGACAAUGGUGGUGGAGCCCAGGGGGAAGACACAGUUUGUAGAGGCAAUGGAGCAGUUCUAUGAGAAGAUCAAUGAUCCCACCUUAAAUGGAGCAGCUUUCUUUGCUGUGUGUAGGGGCAAGGUGAGUGAGGGGCUGGACUUUGCAGACAUCAAUGGCCGUGCAGUGGUCAUCACAGGACUGCCCUUCCCGCCCAGGAUGGACCCCAAGGUCAUGCUCAAGAUGAGCUUCCUGGACGAAGGGAAGACCGCCUCCAAGGGCUUGACAGGUCGUCAGUGGUACAGACAGCAGGCCUCCAGGGCUGUGAAUCAGGCCAUCGGCAGAGUCAUCAGACACAGGCAGGACUAUGGUGCCAUCCUCCUGUGUGACCAUCGAUUCACCUAUGCAGAUGCCCGAGCUCAACUGCCUUCUUGGGUUCGUCCCUAUGCCACCACUUACAACACCUUUGGUCAGGCAAUCAAGGACCUCAUCAGUUUCUUCAAAACUGCAGACAGAACACUACCUCAACCUGUAGCCAAGAACAAGACCAGUGUUCCAGUCAUGACUGCCAGCUUCCAGCCCAGCCGCAGCCACGUCAUGACAGGUGCUGCAGGCUCCAGCUGCAGGAACAGCUGUCAGGAGGCUCGCAGGAUCGACUCACAUGUGCCCAGUCUGAGGCGUAGCCCAGAACCAAAGUCCUUUGCCCAUCUGAAAGUUGGAUAUGAAACAUAUGGACCAGUUAAACAAGCCCAGAGACCUGUGUCCAGCACAGGACUGUUUGAUGCACUACAGGAAGUGGAGGACAGGAAAGAAGAAGAUGGUGAAGAUGAGGCGUGGACAGACUUUCUCACCAGUCAGGACUCUAGUUCAUCAGGACGACCUGUGGCCAAGCCGGUGAUGAGGAAAAGAAUUAAGAUUGUAAAGUGGGAGGACAGAGGCAAACAUAAUAUAGAGCCACAGAAGGCACAGCCAAGUGACAAACCAGUCAAGAAACCCAUGCUGAUGUCUGCUGAGAAGUACCUGGCUGAGGUUCGACGUGUUCUCAGUAUAGAGAAGUUCAAGCUCUUCCAAAAGAUGUUAGGAGACUACAAAAAGACAGAUGAUUUCAAUGCCAUGGUGACUAAUCUGGCUGACCUUCUGACAGAAGAUGAUUCUACAAUCCAUCUCUUCAGGGAAUUCUACAAGUUUGUGCGACCACAUCACAAGAAACAGUUUGAUCAGACCUGUAAGGACAUAACUGGACAAGGCUGUGGUUACAAACCUGAGCACAGUGUGUCCAGGAAGUGUCUACAAGAACACAAGGACUCGGCACAUGUCACCAAGAAGAGAAGGUUGAACACAGGAGGUGCAGAGAGCAGCACUGCAGGCAUGUCUGCUUCUGGUGGGACAUCUCAACUGGACAGCACUACUCAUCUCAAUAAAGGUGGCAAGCAUCUUGGAAGCAGCUCUGCCCAAAGUGCACCAACUUCUCUGUCCAGUUGGCUACAAGGUGGAAAUACUAGCAAAACCUCAGCAUCAGCACCCAGUGGGACUCAGGAAAACAGUGCAAUAUCUCAGUCUGGAGGAGCUUCAGCUGCUGUGUCCUCCGCGACUUGUAGAAAAGAAGUUUCCAAUGAAAAGCAGAGAAACUUUGACCUGACAGGGAGCUACAAUGACUUACGGAAUGGUCUACAAGUCACAGACUCGGGACUGUCCAAUAGUGCCAGUAGUGAGAUGGGAGGAUUGUUGGAUGAGGAGGAGAGGAGGAUGAAUGCUCUGUUUGAUGAGGAGGAUGCAGAAUGAGAAGUCCCUUAAAGUUUGCAUCUGUCUGUCUCGCAAAUGGUCAUUGCUGACAUUGAUGCCAUAUCUAAACGAGUGUAUCACACCUUUUUAGAUGGGCUGACAAGAGGCAAACAUGCAUAGAUAUUAAAGCAACCAAAAAUGGCUAAUCCUAGUCCUAAUCCUCUAUAGUCUAUACCAUGCAACACCAUGGCAAUAGCAUGUUUAGCAAUAUGGCAUUGACUGUUUCAAAUGGCGUUAUGACCAUUUGCUAGACAGAAAUUUGCACUCCCUCUAUGUCUAUGUGCUACGAGAUAUUCAGGAUUAAAGACACAGACACUUUUUAUAUAUUUGCUAUAGUCGAUAUAGAUCUUGUCAUUCCUACUAUGCAAGCUAUUGUCUGGGAUACAUAGAUACACCAAUUAUACUUUUACAUUAACAUUUACAAGACAAAAACAGGCCUCAUCUAGACAUUUACAUAGAAAGUUAUUAAUAUUCUGAUAUAUCUAUAUUUUGCUUUAGAUUUAUUAGAAUUAUAUCACAUUGUUGAGAUGAAAAGAAAUAGGUAACAUUUACACCUUUCUGAGGUCAUAAUUUGCAGCCCUUAUGCCUUCCCAAACUAGAUUCUACUUGACAUUAACUAAUGAAGUGUAAUGCAAUGAUUUUUUCUGAAAAUAAAUAAACUUUCA